AUGACUAUAGAUCGUGUGCUGUGCCGUCCUUCCCUCGGAGCGCAGAACAAAAACCUCAGCCAUUGGCCGGAGAGCACGCGAGAAAUCAGUUCGUCCGACGACAUGGCGGCCGGAGCAGCGGGAGGAGGGAGUGACGAGCUCAAGCUGCUGGGGGCCUGGGUGAGCCCGUUCGUGCACCGGGUGCAGGUCGCGCUGCACCUCAAGGGGCUCACCGGCUACGAGUACGCCGAGGAGGACCUCACCAACAAGAGCGACCUCCUCCUCGCCUCCAACCCCGUCCACACCAAGGUCCCCGUGCUCCUCCACGCCGGCAAGCCCGUCUGCGAGUCCAUGCUCAUCGUGCAGUACCUCGACGAGGCCUUCCCCGGCUCCGGCCCCGCCCUCCUCCCCGCCGACCCCCACGACCGCGCCGUCGCGCGCUUCUGGGCCGCCUACGCCGACGACCAGUUCUUUGCGUCGUGGAUCAAGGCGUUCGUGGGGACGACGGACGAGGAGAGGGCGGCGGCGACGGAAGCCGCGGCGGCAGCGCUGCAGAAGAUGGAGGGCGCCUUCGGCGAGUGCUCCAAGGGCAAGCCCUUCUUCGGCGGCGACGGCCCGGGGUACGUGGACAUCGCGCUCGGCGGGUUCGUCGCGUGGAUGCGCGCGUUCCACGCGGUGGCCGGCGUGAACCUCCUGGACGCCGCCCGGACCCCGUUGCUGGCGGCCUGGGCGGACCGCUUUGCCGCGCUCGACGCCGCCAAGGAGGUCAUCCCGGACGUCGACCGCAUCGCCGAGUUCGCCAAGCACGGUCUGCUGCCGCUGCUCCAGAAACUGCAUAGUACGAAAAACUGA